CCAUAGAUUGUAAAACAGCAAUACUAUAUACAGUCUGUGACAUUAACACAUUAUGUUUAAGUAUCAGUUUUAGACAAUUACUAUGAUCCUGAAUGCAUCUUAGCGGAGUGUUUCCUUGUAAAAACUCAGCCGAUAGGAAACAUUAAAGCCUUUUUCUUGUUCCGCCUUGGCAUUACCCCAGUAACUGCACUAAUAUCGCAUUCCGUGCUAAAAAGUGUUCAGUGACUUUCAAAAUAAGCAUUAACACAUGGGAAAAUGUGUAUUAUUACAUUUUAUUACCAUAAAAAUAAAAAUAAACACAGUCUUAGUUAGUGGAGCGAGUUUCGAUGGUUGGGCUCAUUUCAGCUCCGCCCUCCUCCGCCCCCGGACUGUUGCCCAGCUGUUCUUGUCAGAUAACUAACGCUACGUUCACAUGGUGGGGUACAGGUGGGAGGAAAAACACACGUUUGCGACUACUCAACAAGUAAGUAACUUUGAUUAAACCAUACAUUAAUGAUAUGAAAUGAUACGUGAACGGAGAGACUGCGUCUGUUGUCAGUUUGGGUGUUCCAGCCAAAACCACACCCACCUAACGGGAACCGCAUACGUGUUGAUCCCAGUUUAUUAUUUGUAUCAGAAAUAAAUUUUAAACUAAAAUAAUUUAGUACCACGGUUUAACAAAGCUUUUUGAGUUGAUCAAAGUAUUGUUUUUGAUAUUUCUAUUUCUAUUUUUAGUAAAGAUUACUCAUUAACCAAGCUGCUGUGGGCUGUAGGAGGAGGAUUUAAUUAAAUUAAGUGUUCUUGAAAACUGUCAUUUAUAGCAGGGGAACAAACGUACUGAGACUGUUAUUGACGAAUACCACUCUGCUUAAACUCCCAAAGAGUCUUUAUUUGACUUAAAGUAGAAUGGAAUUUAGUUAAAUAAAAAUAAUUCAGAAAAGCCGCUGUUUUUCUCUAUUUCUCUAUCAUCUAGACUACAGCAACUAAAUAUUCAAAGCUCCGGUGAAGAUCCUUUACCUGAUUAUAAAACAGACUAAAAAAGACACAUAUUUGGAUUUAUGAACAUUUAUUUGUGGUGAAUAGUCUUUAUUUAGUGCCAGACUAUGUGAAAUCCUUGAUUGUGAUUGACGAAGUGAUAAGGACCUGAUUGCACAUUUCAUUCUGAGUCAUUUCACGAAAGCAGGAAUGAGUCAUGAUUGUUGGAUAUUUACAACUCAACAUAAAGUGGAAGAAGAAUUAUUUUGUUAUUUGGUAAAAGUAUAACCAUAGUAUUGCUUAUAUUUGCUUCAAAACAAGUUCUCUGUCUAUAGUUUUCCUCCUUUUCAACAAAUUCCAAAGCAGGAAAAAAGAGAGCAGUCACUGAUCCGAGUUGUUCUGACAGCAAGUUGUUGCAAAAAAAAUCUGUAUGCUUUCAAAGCAAUAACAGACUGUCUUCAUGGGCUAUUGACCAAUCAGAAUCAAGUAUUUAUUUAUAUAUGAAUGAAGGUAUGUUAUUACCCUCAUGUUGAAUAAUCUUUGUUUGAUCUUAAUAGGACAACAAGUUGCCAUGAGCUCACAAUGGUCCCCGAUGUAUGGGACAGCGUCAGGGUCCCCACAUAUGGGAUCUGCAAGAGGGUCCCCAUUAACAGGAUCUGCUAGAGGGUCCCCAUUAGCAGGGUCCCCAAUAACAGGCUCCCCACUGGCAGGAGCUGCAAGAGGGUCCCCUAUAAUAGGGUCCCCAUUGGUGGGUGCAGUUGGGGGAUCACCAGCGGCAAGACCCUCAUGUUGGUCCUCAAUGUCAGGACCUGCAUGUGCACCCCCAAUGUCAGGGGCCUCAUGUUGGUCCCCAGCAGCCCCGGCUACAAGUGCACCUCCAAUUCCUGAGCCCACAGGUUGGGGCUCAGCACCAGGACCCUCUCAUUUUGCCACCAAAGUGGAGCUGACAAUCUCCUGUGAGAACCUCUUGGACAUGGACGUCUUCUCCAAGUCGGACCCCCUGUGUGCUGUCUACAUCAACUCUUCAGGCUCCAACUGGUAUGAGGUGAGGAAAGAAGCAGAAAAGUUGAUCGUUUGCUCUUUUUCAUGUACUUUUGUAUUACCGGUACAUUGUAGGAACUGUCUGUGUGAUAUUUGUUGUUUUUCUGUAUCAGCUUGGACGUACAGAGAUGAUCCUGAACUGCUUGAACCCAAAGUUCUCCAAGAAGUUUGUCAUGGAUUAUUAUUUCGAGAUGGUGCAAAGGCUGAAGUUUUGUGUGUAUGACAUCGACAAUAACACAUAUGACCUAAGUGAUGAUGACUUCCUGGGGGAGCUUGAAUGUACCUUGGGUCAGGUGAGCUUCACAUUGUUGAGUGUUAAAAAUAAACAUCUGUCUUCACUCUGUGUUCUUUUCUCAAUCACUUGACCAUUUUUUUCAGAUUGUCUCUAACAAACAGAUGACUCGACCUUUGUUACUGGCAAACAAGAGGCCUGCAGGUCGUGGGACCAUCACAGUGAGUGGGCUCCUGCCUCAUUACUUGUGGAAGUGAUUAGACCACUUGCUCUGUGUGGACAUAGAUACACAGCAGAUAACAGUUGCCAAGGGCUCAGACAGUUGCGACACAGCAGUUAAUAACAGAUUUAGUUUCCCAUCCUUCAUAAAGUAUCUGCUCCACUUAAAGCAUCUGUGUGUUGCCUAAUACAAUCACGAAGGUCUUUGGUUAGAUGUCAGAGCCGAUGAUGACAUCACACUUGAUUGGACUGCAUUUCAGUGACGAGCAGAAAACCAAGUUGGAAAUUGCCCCUGGUGUUGUUCGCAUUUUUAGCUAAACCAACCAAUAACAACACAAUAUGUUAUAGUUUGUGCAUUAAAUCAUCAUGACAACAUUCUUGUCAGAAAAACCUUGCCCAGUACUAUCUAUGUGCAUGGUGUUAUUAAGCAAAACAAGACGAAAAAUGCUGGUAAACAAGUCAAAAGUUUAAUUGUCAGUGCAGGGGGAAACUAUCUUGGAUUUGGAGCUUUAAGUUGCUUUAAGUUUUCAAGAGGGAAUUCUGACUUAAGGAGGUUGUGUAUUUGAUGGAAAUCUAGAGAUUUUCAAGCUUUCGAUAUCAAAUGGAGCGCCCCAUUUAUGUGUCAUAUGAUUUUUCCAUUUAGCCUUUAGUUUGGCCCCCAAAAUAAAAAAGAUCAGUGUAAGAAUUGGCAAAAACUUCCAAUGUCUGAAUGUUGUUGAGCUGUAAAUCAACAACAUUCUAUAUUGUUGAAAAAUGGAGCAAAUGCUCAACUACAAAAUCUGCAACUCCUGAAGUGUCCACAUGAGGCUGUCUUCAAAACAGACAUAUAUUGAAGCCCACUUUAAGGAGCUUUAGGCCGAAGUAUUUCAGAUGUCUCUUGCAAUCAGCAAAACAAGCAAUCAAGACCAACAGAAAGAAGAUUUACUAUUUCUAUCCAUACAUUUUUGAACUCUUGAAAUCUGCUGCAGGGAAGGUGUCAGGUGAGGAUAUCAACAACAGACAAAGCCCUUCUUUCAUCACCACUAUGGCAAAGAAUCUUGAUGAGGAUGAGAUUGUUUUCUUAUAACUCAUCCUUUCUGAUUAUAUUAGGCCAAGAGAUGCAUAAUUAAGAAAAACUGAGGGGCGUGGCUGAUUUGAUUGACAGGUUGACAUACUGCUUCGAUUCCAUUUUUGUUUCUCAUUAUUGUCUGUGUCGGGAUCAGAAGGGGCCGUUGGCGUCAGCAUUUCCAGGAUUCCAGUAUGGUGACAGCUAUUUGUGGCUUCAUUACGCCUCCUCAGAAACUGCUGACUCUGUGUUGUUGGUUUAUAAAGACUGUGGGGAAGAUUUCAAAAUCAUUCAUUACAAAGAUGAAGGAGUGCAUGCUAUACGAGUUUUUAUAAAUGGUUCACAGAUCCUGCAUCUGAAACAGGUUUGUUCUCAGUUCUAAUUUUUUACAGUGAAGUGAUCACAGACUUAGACUAAGGUUUUAAUUAUUUUGAAUUAUUUUGGGGGUUGGGGGCUGAAACGUUUAGGAACCCCAGGCAUAGAGAACCUAAUAUGGGAGGGAUAUGAUCUUUUUUUUUUUUUUUUCCUGGAGCUUGUCAGUUCAAGUGUAGGAGUGUUUUGGAUGGGUUGCAGAGUAUUAGCCCGAUACUGAGGAACAGCAAUUACCCAGAUAAGAAAUAACUAUUAUACUGACCUGUUUCAUGUAUUCUUGACAUUGUUUGUGCAAAAUAUCCAAGUCAAAUCAUCCAAAUAUAAACCCUCUUGUUCAACAGAUCAGUGCUGAAGAAAUAACAGACACCAGAGUUGCAAACUUUGAGGUUUCAGCUCGCAAGCUUGACAAAAAGGUAUAACACAAUUACUGUUUGUUUUUCUAAUUAAUUUAUUUAUGCUUCUAUGUUUUCUUUAAAUGCCCUUAAGUCCUUUAUAUAUAUAUAUAACUUUUGAUGUGAUUGCUCAGUAUUUAUGGUGGUCCGACCCUUUCCUGGAGUUCUUCAAGCAAACAGAAACCGGAUGGCAGCUAGCUCACAGGACGGAGGUAUGUACACAUAAUUACAUACAAACUUGGUCCUCUGCUUUUAGAGAAAAAAGUUUUUGUCUGGCUCAUCAUAACAUUUUAAUUAAGGUGGUAAAAAGCAACCUAAACCCGAUAUGGAGACCCUUUCGCAUCUCACUGCGAGCUCUCUGUGGAGGAGACGUGGAGAAACCUGUGAAGGUAUUUAUUUCUUAGGUUUUAUACCCUGUUCAGUGCACCCUAUUAACACAUGCUCCUUUAAUGAAACCCCCCUGAAGAGCUCUAAAACUGUGUGGUAUUGUUGCUUCCCUAUGCUUUUGAUAAGCUUAUUUGACCAUUUUUACUCUAACGUACUAAUGAUUAAUUUUUUAUUACAUUUCUUUUCACCUUAUGAUGCUCCUGAACGUAAAGCGAGGGGCUGCUUGUGACCCAGCUGAGCGAUGUGUGUGUGUAUGCACGCUUUUUGACAUCUAAACAUGAGGUGUGAAGUUUUGCUUUCUUCUUUUAACUCUGUUGUUUUAAUUUCAUUGUAAUGACCUGCAUUUUUAAUGAUAACUGAUGACAAAAUGCAUUUAAGUAUUUGUGCAUUUUAAGUUCAUUUUAGUGUGGAUUUAAGGUCUUCAUAGGUUCAAAAUUAAACCUAAAAGGUUAGGACUUAGGCACAGUGUUUAUUUGGAUUAGGCCUAGCAUCUUUUUUAAUUGAUUAACUGGGGCUGUCGCAGUGUAGCAGUAUCAACAAUAACCAUCUUUAAGAAGAAUAGUACUAAUAAUAUUAAUGUGCUGCUCAUAAGCACAUGUAAGUUCAAAGUAUAGGUCCUUUGUGCUGGUGGCAUACAAGACAGACAGGAGGCAGCAGCACAUGCUAAUAAGCUAGCUGAAGCUGCUUUCUGAGAAUGACUCAGCACUUUUAAUAAAGCUUGUAUUUUUUCAGGUAAUUUAUUUUUCCUAACCAUUCUUUCAAUGGUUUACCACAGCUAACAAUCUUCUGAAAUAGAGUAUUUCAAAAUCAAAUCACAGUUUAACAAUGCAAGCAUCCCCAGUACAAGAUGUGAAUGUGAAGAUGUGAAGAAGUGGAUAAGUCAUAAAUCUAAACAUAACUGGGAUUAGAUAAUGACAAAAAAGUCAAUGUGGUAAUUAGUAAGCUUUAUGAAGUAAUCUGGAGCUCCACACUUUGUUCAAUGUUUAAUUUGAAAAUUUUCCACAAUAUAGCAUUAAUAUCAUAAUCCUGAGAUUAAAAUCUGAUAUCCUGACAGCCCUAAUAUUAACCUUAGCAAAUGUUGUUCAGGAUGUCACAAGUCUGACACGCCUUAAUGUAUAAAGAUUAAAUAUCAAGGAUUGCUGGGUCUUUACAACAAUGAACCUAGUAAUAGAAACUGAAAGUAUUCACACCAGAAUUUGUAGUACCUGAUUAAUACUUACCCUUCUAAACUGUGCAAGUUGUUUUCUGUUGGAUUUACUCCAUAAAAACAAAUCUGUGAUAGUCCUGUGAAUAAGGGUUAGGCUCCACUUUGGAGUGAACCUGACACUGAGCCAAUGAAAAGCUCUUGUGGAGAAUGUAGUGGAAUUAAAUUUUUUAUCUUGGUUUUGCUGGAUUUUUUCAGAAGUUUUAAAAGAUACGAGUUCUCCAAAGUCCUGAAGUAUAAAAAGCACUUAUUUUAUGAUUCCUUAAGUGCUUUUGUAAUAAAAAAGCAAAAAUGUUUGCUUCUGAAAAACUCUCUUUGUUCACUCUCUCCAUUUAUCCUUUCUUGAUAAAUCCAGUCAUGUCUGAACUGAUUAUGUGAUGUUUUUAAUUAACUGAGAAUUUCUGUUUGUCUUCAGGUUGAUUGUUACGAUUAUCAUAUAAAUGGCUCCCACGACCUCAUCGGGAGUUUCCAAACCACGCUUGCAGAGAUGCAAACAGGAACACACAUUUGCCCUGUGAGACUUUAGCUUGAGUUUGCUUUUGUUCCUGACCUCUUGGUAACUUAAUUUGAGAGGUAUCAAUAAAUCCUCUUCUCAUUUGCAGACUGAAAUUGAGUGCAUAAACCGAAAAAAGCUGAAGAAGAAAAACUACAAAAAUUCAGGGGUCGUCUGCUUCAAACGCUGCCAGGUAAGGAUCUAAAACCUGGUGAUUCAAAAAUUGGCUUCACUUUUAGGUUGUGCAUUUGUAAGAAAGCUAAAGUUAACUCUUUGGUUUUAUUGCAUACAAAAUGUUUACUCUGUCAGGUGAUAAAGGAGUUCACCUUCCUCGAUUACAUCAUGGGGGGAUGUCAGAUCAACUUCACGGUGAGUCUGUGAACAUCACAGUAUUUAGUUUCAAUACAUUUGUUUAAUUGACUGUCUGCAGAGAAAGUCAUCAUCAUACCUCUCUGAAUCUAUCAGCAGCCUGUUAUCUUUAGUGUUAAAUAUCAGCUCAUAUUUUCACUCGGUCACUGAGCAACUUCCGUUUUCUUGAUCUUUAUAACCUCCUCCAGAUCGCCAUCGACUUCACAGGCUCCAACGGGGAUCCCAGAUCACCAGAGUCCCUCCAUUACAUCAACCCUGAAGGUUACAACGAAUACCUGACAGCCAUCUGGGCAGUAGGCAAUGUCAUCCAGGACUAUGACAGGUCGAUGUUCAUAUCAUGAUGUAAAACUUGUGCUUCCUCUACCAGCUGCAGCUUACAUGUGCUUUAUUUAUAGUUGCCAUUUUGUUUUGUUAGGUGGUUAUGUUAGAAACCUGACAGGGUGAGGAGGACUUUAACGCGCUGCAGUGUUAAUAUUGGCAGCUAUUUUAAGAUUUAGCCUCAGCUUCUGGACUGAAACACUUUUUAGUGUUUCAGUCAAUCAAUCAAUCAAUCAAUCAAUCAAUCAUAAACCCCUUAAGAAAUGAUAAAAACAGAAAAGACUGGUGUUUUUCUCAAAUCAAGUCAGACAAGUGUGAUGUAUCUUGAUGUCUGGUUAAAAAAUACUGUGAUGAACUUUGUUUCAUGUUAUAAAUUUCAAUUUGUCAUGUUUCUUUCUUUCUGUGCAGUAACAAAAUGUUUCCUGUCUUUGGUUUUGGAGCCCAGAUCCCAAACUCUUGGAAGGUAUAGAAACUUGAUUUGACCAAUUUUGCUCUGAAACUCUGUGUUUGUGUUCAUAUAUUUUUAAGAUAGUCACAUUAAAUCCUGUAUUAUUUAGCUGCAGGCUGAGGAGACAGUAAGGAGAAUAAAAGAGUAAUAUCACAGAGCUGAAAGUGUUAUAUUGGCCCAAUCUAUUGAUAACGUUCCAUCAGGUGAAACACUGACUUUAUUGUGAAGGGUUUCAUGCCUUUUUUUUUUCUCUUUGAAUCAUGUUGACAGGUCUCUCAUGAGUUUCCCAUCAAUUUCAACCCAUCAAAUCCUUUCUGUGCUGGUACGUCGCACCUCCUGUUUGGCACAUCAGAUUCUCAUUAGUUGUAUUCUUCUAUAAAGGUGUGUUUUGUAUGUUUACCUGUGUGUGUUUUGCAGGUAUAGAAGGUGUUGUUGAGGCCUACCAGAGGUGUUUACCUCAGCUGAAGCUCUGGGGUCCCACAAACUUUUCUCCGAUCAUUAACCAUGCGGCCUGCUUCGCCCGACAAGCUCUUCGGCAGAACACGGCCUCAGUGAGCAGAUCAAAGAUUUUUUGAGAGAAAACAUGUUUAAAUACUCAGCAGUCUGCAUGAAAUCUUAGGUCAAUGAGAAAAGCUUGACUACACAAGCUUAAGGAUGAAUUUCUACGUGUAGGUUGAUGAAAUAUAAGAAUAAAAUCAUCCUCGAAAUGCACACUAACCAUUAGCACAUUUAGUAAAUAAAAAAAUUCUCACUUCUUUUAUUGAACAUUAAACAGUGGCACAGUUUUUGGUUUGAUCCAAAUCAUUGAAACCUUUUUCUUUUUCCAGUAAAAUACCAACAAAAAAAAAGAAAAUCUUGUAUUCUCUUUUUUCAGGAGCAAAAUUUCUCUCACAUAUUUGUGCAUGCUAAACUUUUUGACACCUUCAUACCAACAAUAUUUGCUGUCCAAAUGAAUUUGAUUAACUUGAUCAAAUUUAGCUGUAAAAUUGUAAAAGUUUCCUUAUCUAGUUUUCUUAGAACAAGAUUUUGAUCAUUUUUAGCCAAAGAGAUGAUCUGUUUCUUCAUCUUCCAGGAAAACUACAUAUGUAAAUUUUAAUGAGUCUGUUCAGAUUUACUGAGUUGAAGAGAUAAAGACACGGUGUAUUUUGGAUAUCUAACACUGUCUCCUUUGAUUCUCUGCAGCAAUACUAUGUGCUGCUCAUCAUCACAGAUGGAGUCAUCACAGACAUGGACCAGACUCGCACCGCCAUUGUGGAGGCAUCUCGUCUGCCCUUGUCCAUCAUUAUCAUUGGGGUGGGUGGGGCUGAUUUCAGUGCCAUGGAGUUCCUCGACAGUGAUGACAAGUUGCUUCGUGCACCGAACGGCGAUGUGGCUGCAAGAGACAUCGUGCAGUUUGUGCCUUUCAGAAGCUUCCAGGUGAGAGGCAGGUGAUAACUUUACGGUGCUGCGACACGUGGCACAUUUAUGGGACUUCAUAUAAUUUCUUACAAACUAGUUUAUACUGCAACAUCAUCAUAUAUUCACUGAGUUGGAUAUAUUUGUCAUAAAAAUGCAAAAUAACAACUCUGCAAUCCCUAAAGUCAUGUUAGUUUGAAUAUUAAUUGUGGGAGCAAGUUACAGUUUAGUUUCCGAGGUAAGGCUAUAAUUCAAGCUGGGGAAAAGUUUUUGUUUUGCGACAAAAAAUUAGAAAGUUGUCUCUCAGACCCCCAUAGCACUAGAACGAGGUUCUAGACAGGGAUGCCCGGCCUCUCCUUAUCUCUUUAAUUUAUUCAUCGAACCUCUAGCCCAAGCAAUUAGAGAGGAGACUAGGUUGAAGGGAAUACAUAUAAGAGGAAAAGAAUAUAAGGUCGGUAUGUUCGCAGAUGAUGUAAUUGUCACAAUUGAAGACCCGGGAUCGGGACUUCCCAUAUUGAUGGAAUUGUUGGAAACAUAUGGGUCCUAUUCUGGAUAUGUUCUAAAUAUACGCAAAACCCAAGUCUUAACGUUUAACUACAACCCUACACGGGAAUUCAUGACAAAAUAUAAAUUCAACUGGCACUCAACCCAUAUCAAAUAUUUAGGUGUUAACUUGCCUAAAGACCUAACACAAUUAUACGAUGUCAACUAUAAGAGUGCUACUAGGAAAAUGUAUGAUGAUCUCGACAGAUGGAGCGUGCUUCCCCUUAACCUCGGUGGCAGAAUAAGAUCAGUCAAAAUGGUGAUCUUACCAAGAUUAUUAUAUUUAUUCUUGUCAUUACCAGUGGAAGUACCCUUGAAACAAUUCAGAGAGUGGAAUAAACACAUCUCACGUUUUAUUUGGGACAAGAAAAGACCAAGGGUGAGAUUCUCUACCCUACAACUGCCUCGAGAGAGGGGAGGCAUGUCUCUACCAUCAUUAAGGGUCUAUUACCUAUCAGCACAGUUGAGACCUCUUGUGUAUUGGUGUAACCCGUCUUAUACUGCUAAAUGGAAAGAUAUAGAACGUUCUUUAAUGGAUAAACCAAUACAGUCAUUGUUAGGUUCUAUAGAUGGAAACAAGGAGAUGUUUCAAACAGCAAGCCAGUGGGUGAACCUGUCACUUAAAAUUUGGUUAGAAGUGGUCAAACGAUUUCAACUCCAGAAAGAGGCCAAGCUUUUAAGCUGGCCAGCGUUUGAUUCUGAAUAUAAACCAGCAUUGCUAGAUAGUAGGUACAGACAAUGGGUCCAUCUGGGUAUAACUUCCAUGUGUAGGUUGAUAAAAAAUGGAGACAUCGAUAGUUUUGAAAACUUAAGUAGGACAUAUGGUCUAACAAAACAAGACUUUUAUAGGUAUCUUCAACUAAGGAAUUUCUUUGACAAAAAAAUAAAAGGGUCUAACCCGGGAUUAACACCAUCUAUAAUUACUGUUUUCACUGAGGCUUAUAACUCAAGAAGCAUGAGAGGUCUUGUAAGCAAACUCUAUAAUGGUAUUAUGUCACUGAAAAAGGACUCUACAAUGUAUAAAAAAACAACGUUGGGAAAAAGAAUUGGACAUCGAGAUAAGUGAUGAGUUAUGGUUGGACACUUGGAAGACACAGUCAACAACAACUAACUCAUUAUCAUGGAGAGACUUUUGUUGGAAAAACCAGAUCCGCUUCUUCAUAACACCUAAACAGAAGGGUAAGCAAACAGGCAGCCAACUAGAUUGUUGGAGAAAAUGUGGAAAUACAACUGUGGACCAUGCACAUGUGUUUUGGUCUUGCCCUGUAGUGCAACCCUUCUGGAAGGAAGCGACAGAACUGAUUUCGAAGGUGAUGGGUUUUACUGUCAGUGGUACAUUUGAAUCCUUAUAUCUUGGUCAACUCCCGGACGGACUCUCUCAGGAUGAUUAUUAUCUAUUCAAGGUCUUACUUGUGGCAAUUAAAAAAGCUAUUACCAGGAACUGGCUUCAGGAAAAGUCUCCUACUAUGGAUCUAUUGGUUAGUAUUGUGAAUCAUUUACAUCUCCUGGAACAGAUGACCUUCUCCCUUAGACUUCAGAAGGAAUUAGAAGAAAGGAGAUGGGAGAAAUGGGUGAGCUAUCUACAUGGUGUCUCGGACCUCAUAUGAAAACUGUGAGAAAGGAAAAAAGAAAAAAAGAUGACUUCUUGUACUUGACAAUAUUCUGUAGAUAGGAUGGGGCUGCGCAGUGUGUAUAUUGACUUGCCUUUUGAUACUUGGGCCGAUGCACAGCAUCGCUGCUCAAGCAUAGGUCUGACUUUAAUGCAGUGUUAGUAACUCAAAACAUUGUAACACCAUUAUAGAAGGGGAAGGAAGAACAAUAAGUACGAAGUAUGUAUGUAUGUAUACAUAUAUUAAUAAUAAUGAAGAGACGGGUCUUGCUGCGACUGUACAGCCCCAGCAUAUAUAGGUAUUCAAUGUAUAUUUACCCGCUAUGCCCGUGAUAUACACCCCAUGACCUCUUUAUUGUUUGUUUAGUUCUUUUUUUGUUUGUUUUUAUUUCCAUCUACUUUUCUAUUCACACCUUUGUUGUUAAAAGAAAUUUUGAGAAAUAAAGAGUUGAAAAAAAAAAAAAAAAAAUUAGAAUGUUGGUAAGAACUAGCAAAAUUGUAAGGUAUGUGAAAGUUGUCGGUAUGGGUUUAUAUACUGACUAUGUUUGCAGAUAGUGGCCUAAUAGAAAAUAAUCUAACAUCCAUUGACACUGACACUCACAGUCUUUUUAAUAUUAGGAGGCAUUUUCACAAACACAUCCAGCUCUUAUUCUUGUAAUAAUUUCAUUGCAGGGGAACAGCAUCGCCCUCGCACAGAGCGUCCUGGCCGAGCUUCCUGAUCAACUUUCGUCCUUCUUCAACUCUUACCAUCUCAAACCCCCGAAUUUUCACAACCUCUCUGACCCAUCCUGAAACAAUGUCUGAAUCUGUCUAUUUACCUCGUAUUUGCUGCUUAUUGUCUUCCUUGUUUAUGUCUGUGUUCGAUGUGCAGCAUGCUAGAAAAACAUCUGUGGUAUAGUGUUCACUGAAUGUCAUGAAAACUAACCAAAAUCUGUGAUUUGAAUGUAAGUGAUAAUUUAAUUUUGAUUUUUUUUAAUUCUAGUGAUUAAGAAAUCAUGAUAAGAGGGUAGAAAUAACUUUAUUACUUUAUAUCUAUUUAUAUCAACAUUUAUCUCACCGAUAUGGGCUUAACAAAUGUUUUAACCUUAAAGUUAUCUGUUGUCUGAUUUAAAGUGAAGAUAAGUGGAUGUCUGUGUCUAUAAAUACAAUUUUUUCAUAUACAAUCUAUGAUUUAUAUCAACACUAACUUUACAAAUCUGAUAUUGACUUGUAGUUAAUGUUAAUAAGAUUUAUAGUGCCUGAACUUAACUGUGAGAUAAAGAAACCUUAUAUUACAAAUGAAAUUAUGGAUUAAAAGUUUUAUUUGUUCAAACACUAACGUUGGGAUUGACCUGAAAUGUUUAUCAGUAUUAUACAUUUGAUUUUACCUAAUAAUUGUUGGAUGAGUGCAUGAUCUCUUGAAACAGUUACAGUCAAAGUAAUCGAUAUAUUUACUAUUUGCACUUGAGUCAGAGAAUUAACAUGUAUGAAAAGCUUAGAUUAAUGAAUAUGUAUUUUUUUUUAUUUGUCAGCAUUUGCAUCAUAUUAUGUUCAGUCUGUUCUUAAUACACAUAAUGCUGAACAUAUUUUAGUGUUCUUUUGUCUUAAACCAUUUAAGAAAGCAGCAGGUUCAGAAAGUAUGUGGUGUGUUUUUUGUCAGUCUGAUGUGAUUUUUAAGUGGUGUUGGUUUUGCACGUUGCAUUAUCCUGAUACACUGUACAUUUUAAGGGAAAUAUCCACUGGGUUUAAGGGAUAUUUUUGAGCAUUAAUAAAAAUGGAAAUAUACGUAUUUACCCGUGUAAGAAGUGAUGAAUAAAUCAAACCAUGGAUAUGUUUUGGA